AAAAUAAAACGUUUAUUAUUUUUCCCCCAACGCGCGUCCUCUCCAUUAAUUUAAUUCUUGCUCCCUCCAUGAAAAAUAAAUUCAAAGAACUGAAAUAGUUUUGUUGAUUGAACAACGACAAACGGUUGAUAUAUACAUAUAUAACAUCACUCAUCCACCAUGUCUGAGGAACCACAAGAAGAUACGGCUCAACGUGAGUUGACCAUCAAAGAAGAAUAUCAAUUAUGGAGGAAGAAUUGUCGAUUCAUGUAUGAAUUUGUCAGUGAGACAGCCUUAACGUGGCCUUCAUUAACUGUUCAAUGGUUACCAUAUCAUACUAUUGAAGAUGGAAUAAUUGAAUCUAAAUUAUUAUUAGGUACUCAUACUUCAGGGGAAGAUACUAAUUAUUUAAAAGUAGCGUCAACUCAAUUACCGUUGAAUAAUUCGGAUAAGAAAGCUUCAUCACGAAUUAAAAUUAUUAAGAAAUUUGAAAAUAGUUUUGAAAUAAAUAGAGCAAGAUAUAUGCCUCAAGAUCCAUCAAUCGUGGCUACUAUCAAUGGAGAAGGAGAGAUUGAUUUAUAUAAUAUCGAUAGUAAAGAAGCUAAGACCUCCAUAAGUCAUUUAACUCCUCAUGAAGCCAAUGGUUAUGGAUUAUCAUGGUCUCCCCAUCAUAAAGGAUACUUAUUAAGUUCAUCCGAUGAUAAAUCAAUCGUACUAACUGAUAUCAAUAAAGAUCAAUUGUUCAGUAAUAGUUCACAUGGAGAUAUUGUUAAUGAUGCCAAAUGGCAUUAUUUUGAUCAAAAUUUAUUGGGAUCAGUAAGUGAUGAUAAAUAUACAUUUUUAUUUGAUAUUAGAACUUCAGAAAAACCCAUAUCAAAAUUUCAUAAUCCUGAAUCUAAGGGGAUCAAUUCGUUAGCAUUUUCACCAUUUUCUCAUAAUUUAUUAGCCAUUGGUAAUACUAAUUCUAAUAUUAAUUUAUUAGAUUUAAGAAAAUUUGGGGAUGGUAAAGGAUUACUUCAUACUAUGAUGGGACAUUCUGAUUCAAUUACAAGUUUAGAAUUUUCUCCUCAUAAAGAUGGGAUAAUUGCUUCUGGAUCUCAAGAUCGUCGAUUAAUCAUCUGGGAUUUAUUUAAAAUUGGAGAAGAACAACAACAAGAAGAUGCUGAAGAUGGUUGUUCUGAAUUAUUUAUGAUGCAUGCGGGUCAUACUGGAGCUGUAACUGAUUUAAGUUGGUGUCCAUAUAAGGAAUGGACGUUAGCAUCAGUAGCAGAUGAUAAUAUAGUUCAUUUAUGGGAGAUUGGUAAAAGUAUCUUAAAUGCUGAUGAUGGUAGUAAUCAAAAUAAUUUAACUGAAAAGGAUUUAGAGUAAAGAAGUUUAUCGUAUCAUAUUUAGAAGUCGCGUGCUUAUAAAGAAAGAAACGCCUUAUAGUUAGAGUUACAGGUUAUCAUCAUUAUCAGUACCAUGUAGUAGUAUCAUUUGUAAUUGUAGUUAGUUGUAUAGUAGAUAAGAAAUAAAAAGCAAUAUAUAUCAUAAGUUGUUGUAUUUAUCCAGUAGCUUACCAUAUGACUCUUCGUCGCCUGUCUCA